GAAAAUGCACUGCUGGUCCGGGAAGUUGAAGUAGACAAAGUAAACACUCUGGAAAGGAAACAAGUAGAAGCAAUAAAGAAGCUCUGGGAAGACUCUGGCAUCCAGGAGUGCUACGACAGAAGGAGAGAGUACCAACUGUCUGACUCUGCUAAAUACUACCUUAGCGACAUAGAUCGCAUUGCUGUACCUUCUUUUGUACCCACCCAACAAGAUGUCCUUCGAGUCAGAGUGCCCACUACUGGAAUCAUCGAGUAUCCCUUUGAUUUAGAAAAUAUUAUUUUCAGGAUGGUGGAUGUUGGUGGCCAGAGAUCCGAAAGAAGAAAGUGGAUUCACUGUUUUGAAAAUGUCACUUCUAUAAUUUUUCUGGUGGCGCUGAGUGAAUAUGAUCAGGUUCUUGCAGAAUGUGACAACGAGAAUCGAAUGGAAGAAAGCAAAGCUCUGUUCAGGACCAUCAUAACUUACCCCUGGUUUCUGAAUUCUUCUGUCAUCCUGUUCUUGAAUAAGAAGGAUCUUUUAGAGGAAAAAAUCCAGUUCUCUCACUUAAUUGACUACUUCCCAGAGUUCACUGGUCCUAAACAAGAUGCCAAAGCAGCUCGGGAUUUCAUCCUCAAACUCUACCAAGACCAGAACCCUGACAAAGAGAAGGUCAUCUAUUCUCACUUCACCUGCGCUACCGACACUGAGAAUAUUCGGUUUGUCUUCGCUGCUGUUAAAGACACUAUCCUACAACUAAACCUUAGGGAGUUCAAUCUAGUGUAA